CUGGUAUUUCGAAAUAUUACUCACCGCAAUAACAAUCCCCUCUCCGCUCUUCAUCUCCAUCACAAUGGCCUCCAAGAACGCGACCCGAGCUCUGCGCGCCUCGUUGAGGCAGCUCAAGGCGCCGCAGGUGCAGCAGCGUACCUUCAUCACCGCCGUGCAGGGCAGCAAGCAGCAGGGCGUCCGCGCAGCCCAGCGAGCGGCCACAUCUGCCAUUGUGCACCAGAGCAGAGGCAAGAAGACCGUCGACUUCGCCGGAGACAAGGAGGUCGUCUACGAGCGCGCCGACUGGCCCCGUGAGAAGCUCUUGGACUACUUCAAGAACGACACGCUCGCCCUCAUCGGCUACGGUUCGCAAGGCCACGGCCAGGGUCUCAACCUCCGCGACAACGGCCUCAAUGUCAUCGUCGGUGUGAGAAAGAACGGCUCCAGCUGGAAAGAGGCGCAACAAGAUGGCUGGGUUGAGGGCAAGAACCUCUUCGACAUCGACGAGGCCAUCUCGAGGGGUACCAUCAUCAUGAACCUCCUCUCUGAUGCCGCCCAGUCGGAGACGUGGCCACACAUCAAGCCCCAGAUCACCAAGGGCAAGACCCUCUACUUCUCUCACGGUUUCUCCCCAGUCUUCAAGGACCAGACCAAGGUGGAAGUGCCAAAGGACGUGGAUGUCAUCCUCGUUGCGCCAAAGGGCUCUGGCCGUACCGUUCGCACCCUCUUCCGUGAGGGCCGUGGUAUCAACAGCUCCGUCGCUGUCUGGCAAGACGUGACCGGCAAGGCCGAGGAGAAGGCCAUCGCCCUCGGUGUGGCUGUCGGCUCCGGCUACAUGUACAAGACCACUUUCGAGAAGGAGGUCUACUCCGAUCUCUACGGUGAGCGUGGUUGCUUGAUGGGUGGUAUCCACGGCAUGUUCCUCGCCCAGUACGAGAUCCUCCGCGAGAACGGCCACUCCCCCUCUGAAGCCUUCAACGAGACCGUCGAGGAGGCCACUCAAUCCCUCUACCCUCUGAUCGGCGCCAACGGCAUGGACUACAUGUACGAGGCUUGCUCCACCACCGCUCGUCGUGGUGCCAUUGACUGGAGCAAGCGCUUCAAGGAUGCCCUCAAGCCCGUCUUCGCCGACCUCUACGACUCCGUCAAGACCGGCAAGGAGACCCAGCGCACCAUGGAGUACGCCGGUCGUCCAGACUACCGCCAAGCAUUCGAGAAGGAGAUGGAGGAGAUCCGCAACCUCGAGAUCUGGAGAGCCGGCAAGGCUGUCCGCAGCUUGCGCCCAGAGAACCAGUAGAAAGAGAUGGCAUGUAUAUCAACGUGGUGUGUGCACAACAGUUUUUUUGAUGUCAUUUGCAACCUUUUUGUCCUUGGGGAGUUGUUGUCUGUGUAGGUGGAAAGGCAUCUGGAUCGGUUCUCUCGAAAAGCACGGCUGUAAUCUAGAAUGUCCCACCACCGCGAAGCUGUUGUACUUCUUAUUAGAAAGACUUGUGUAUGUGGGUGACAAGGUGCAAUGGGAGAAACUCGAUGUCUGCAAUUCCAUAAACUGUGACAGUACUUUUCUGGCGCCAUAAACAGUACGAUGUAGCUGCACCGCGCUUGUUUCACCCAGUAAGCGCGCCCACAUCAAUU